AUGCUUGCGCUUCGACGCGAAACAACUCACUCUGCCGUCGAGGGAAAAGAAGUGUCGGCGACUGCGAGCUCAUCAGCUGCAAAGAAGCGAAGACGGAGAGGCGUCCCACCUCGCGUCCCUGAUUCCGAGCUUGACAAGUUCCUCCAGUUUGCGCAAGACGUUCGAGCCGGCCGCGUCGACCAAGCUUGGGAGCCGCUCGUCGACGGGCCGCCUGUGCAAGUGUGGCGCCGGCAAGUUCCCGGUACAAAUGUGCACGACUACUGUAUGACAGGAGAAUUCUCUGAUAUCUCCGCAUCGGCUUACAACACCACAUUCAGUCACCUUCCAUUCAGAGCUUCUUGGGACGAGUCGGUCGUCGAGAUCCGCGUCUUGGAGGCGAACCCUGUGGAGCAUGUCAGCAGAGCAGUUCUCCCCGUCGGCAGUCGCGGCGGUGAGCCGAGCGACGAGGCCCAGGAUGUUCGGGUCCGCGGCGCCAAAGGCAACACAGCCAGGAAGGAAGGGACGGGAACAGAGAGAGAGCAAUCGUCGCCUUCCCAGUCCAAUGCUGGUAUCUCUCGCUCCAGUUCGGGUACCGAUGACGACGUCGAGGAGAUCAUUUACUGGCGCGUGAAACUACCGUGGCCGCUUGUUGAUCGCGACUUUGUCUAUGCGCGCCGCUUUCGAACGUACCCUGAGAGUCACGCAAUCGUCUCCGUCCAGCAGGCGACGGAGUCGCCGGACUGCCCUCCGGGGCCUCAGGCUGUCCGCGUGGAGAGUUACAACUCCACCGUGGUCUUGUUUGCGGACAACGACGAGCGCGAUAUCAACCAAAAGGGUGUCUCCUUCGUGCUCUAUCACUUCGACGCGAGCCUGACACCGGUACCUCCCUGGGUGAAGAGCUAUGUUACUUCCCACACUCUGCCUCGCACCAUCGCUGCUCUCCAUAAUACAGCCAAGGCGUUGGUGGGGGACGACGGUUCGAUUCAGCCCGCCGCCUACGCAAGUCUUCAGCACACUUUGAAGUUCCGCGACGUCCAUCAGGAACGGGAGAUAGAGGAAGCGGACGAGAUAGGACCGGAGCCGAGUGAUGACGCAGGCUUCCGCGCAGAAACUGCGGACGACACCGGUGCGCCUCCUGGUGGACCGCCGAGGUCCUCUGGAAAUGCACCAAACGGGAGGGGAACAGGCCAACGUCCGGCCGGUGGGACAGCCCAGGCUGAAGACUCCGUCGGGUCCGAAGGCCAGGCGUCUAAACGUGGUGUUUCCACGGGACCUGUCCCGUCAGAACCCGAAAGGACGCAGGACGCACAUCCCGGGGAGAGCGGCAAAAUCGCCGCCAAUGAUACGCGUGAGAGCUCGCCCGACGUAACAGGUUCUGGAGGCGGCUUCGGCCAAGGGAAAUGUAGCGAGAACUUCCGUGGAACAGCGGAGAGAGGGGAAGAGUCCUCCGGGACUGCACUUGAGUACGAUGAAAAAGCUAUUGCCGAAGCCUACGACGAGAUCUGGAAAGGCGUCCCUCUGGCCGCGACGACCUCGGCUGUUGCCGGGGUUGGGCGCGCGCACGCGUCGCAGCCGGAGGCAGGGAUAACGGUUCGUGGCGUUAAGGCCUGCGUCGGCUCCCUUUUGGGCAAAAUCCGACGCUUCAAGGACAAGGUAAGGCAUUCGCGUCUGGCGGCAAUCCUUCGACGACAGCGGGAUUCCACCUACUACUCAAAUUCGAUCAGGCCCGCUGACGACAGCACUUCCACGUGCGCCUCCGGGACUCGACCCUCGUGGUGUAGUCCUCGGACAGGAGUAUUUGUUGCGACUGCGCAUCCAACGUCGCCCGCGAGUAGUGGCGUGGCGUGGGAGAUCCUAGCGCACAUUUCUCCAGCGGCUCGGUCUGCCAGGGCGUUGCGUGUCAUCGCGGACGCCCAGCACGAGGCCGCCCAUAGUGUCCUUCCGAUGAGGCCGUCUUUGGCGUGGCCGUGGUGGCGAUAUGACCGGUCGAGAAUCCGCAAAGGCGACGCCUGUGAGCGACAGUGCCGACUGCUUGCCUCUUGCCGCACCAGGCGGUGUUCGUCUCCAGGUGACACGGCGGCACGGCGGGACGGAGGCGCCUGGGACACCGACAACCCGCGCGCUGCCACAGAGAGAUUAAGGCGGGGAGGUGUUCUGAGUCUGAGGACGUAUGCGGCUGUGGAGGCGUUGCGAUGGGCGGCGCGUUUAGGUGACCUGUCGCGAGACGAAAAGGAGACGCCAGCGGAGCUGGUCAGGCUCGAUGCACCAGAGCAAGGCGUCGCACGUGGAGAGGGGGGGAGGGACACGUGGAUAGAUGCGCUUUUAGUGGACAUUCGGGAGGACCUGUGGCCUGUCGCCAUUUUAUCAUCGCUCCCCCUUCAGGCGGUGCGCCGCAGUCCGCGGUAG